ACUACAUCAAACAAAAAGCCCAACUCCUUCACCACCACGUAGCAUCCCUUACCCCCCCCCCCCGUUUCACCGCCCAAGAUGAGCCUGGAGGUUGAGAAACUCAUUCUGGAGAACCACGACGACAUUGCCUCGGACGACGACGAAGGAGCGCCCAUCUUGCAACCCAUAACGAAAGAAGAGUUGCGCGCUAUCCGCGCAGAGAGGAGAGCGCAGAAAGCUGCCGAGAUUCAUGCAAAGGCUGAGGUGUUUAGACGUAUGGGAGACGAGCUGUAUGAGAAGGAGAAAUAUGAGGAAGCGCUGAUUCCGUACCUCGAGGCUACUCAGAUUUGGCCUUCGAAUGUGGAAUAUUAUAUCCUGCUCUCUGCAGCGUAUACGAAACUCAAGUGGUUCGAGGAGGCCGCUCAUGCUGCGACCCGCGCACUGACCCUUGACCCUAAAUCCAUUGAGGCUCGUUACACCCGAGCUUUGGCCCGUCUCGAACAGAGAUUGCUGACGGCAGCUAAAAUAGACCUCGAAAUCGUAGUCGAGCACGAGCCGACACAUGAGAAGGCGAAAACAUCUCUCGACGAACUCAAGGCGACGCUCGAUGCAGCCGCCAAGCCUGGAUCAGAAGGAAACACUGCGGAAGCUGCCCUACCUACCCUGCAAGACCUCGAUUUCUCGUACCCUCAGUACGACGAUAGUCCUCUGGACGUGGAUGAGGUUUCCAACUCUAGUGACUGCAACCAUCGAGGCAACGGCGUUCCAUGCCGAUACUAUAAUCGAGGUCGCUGUGGGAAGGGUAUUGCCUGUCCGUAUUCGCAUGCUCCGGACGAGAAGAGUGUGCGAGACGAUCUCGGGCACAACGUCUGCAUCUACUUCCUCCUGGACAAUUGCAGGUAUGGAGAGACGAAAUGUGUCUACUCGCACUCCAAGGAGUUCCUUCCGAACCGUGGAUGGUGGUCGGACCCCGAGCAGACCGAGAAGAUCAAGGCUAUCGUCGAGCUUACGGAAAAAACUGCGAAAGAGCAGCGAUCGCUCGCUCAAGUGUUUAAGCGCCAGUCCAAGGCAUCGGCGCUUUCGAAGCUCAAGUCGAGAGGCAAAGCGUACAAGACGCCCAAGACUCCUAAGACGACCCAGGAGAAAGCUGAAGGGGAGGGUAAAGAUGGGAACGAGGAAGAGAAGGGUGGGGAAUCUGGUGAUAAGAAGCCCGAGAAGAGCAGACCGAGAUCGAAGAAGUACCACAGGUACCCGGGCCAUCGAAAGCCCAAGUCGAACGCGACUACUGGGGGACCGGUGACUGCUACACCUUCUAGCUCUUCGGUGGGGGAACAGACGUCGCCUACUACUGCCCACCCUGAACAGAGCACACCAGUUCCGGCAGUUGGCGCUUGA